CGGUACGGCUCAGUAGCAGCGGUGAUGGUAGCAGCAGCAGCGGCGGCGACAGCUUUUUGGCGUUUUUGGUGCUCCGGGCGUUCGUUCUUUCGCCGGUUCUUUGGCUGAUGUGUCUGUCUGUCUGUGAGUCCGUAUCUCGCGUAUCUUCGCGGCUCAACUGGGCGCUCAUUCGGGCUCACAACCAAAGCGGCCCUCGGCCACGAAGCAUUCACAUCAAUAGUAGCGUAGACUGCUACCGGUCGAUAGUCGUUCUUGUUGCCGUACAACGCUCAAGGAUAGGAGGACAGACGGAGAAACCGGAGAGACACGUCGUUGCAAUUUCCAUCAAGAUCGUCGCCUACUGCUGCUGAGGAUGAAGGUGCUCGUGUGCUGCUUGCUAGCGGUUGCUUCGGCGGCUGCCGCAGCCUCAUCGACAGCUUCCGGUCAGGCGGUAUCAUCGCAAGGAUCGUCAUCGACCGGGGGCUCCGCUUCGAGCCCCAACGCCGGUGCCAGCUCCUCGGGACCUUCACAGGUAGCCAACAAACGUGGAGAUACCGUUGCAGACUUCGCGACCUCUGCCUCGCAGCAGCAACCCGUCUAUUCACCGAGUAUUUCGAGUCUGUCGUCGCAGCAGCAAAACAAUGUUGUCCAUUCCCAGAGCCCUUCACCGAACGACUACCAGACUUCAGCUUCCAACAGCAACCUCUAUUACUACUAUUAUCCUGCUGGUGGUCAACAUGGUGCUGGUAAGUCAGAAUCAUCGCCGGCCGAUCCCUACCAAACAUCGGCGGCUUCAUCUUACCCGAGCUACGCAGCCGAAGGCUCAUCGCACGGCCACUCUCCUCAGCAUUCAUCGGCCUUUGACGGUUCAGACGGCAGCUCCUCGUACCCAGGCUCAGCGGCCUACCAGAGUCAGCUGCAGCAGGCUUACGCAGCUGCCGCUGCUGCCCAUCACGCCCACCAGGGUCAGCAAGGAUACGGCCAAUACAGCCCGUCACUGGUUGGAGCCGCGUCGCAGGUGAACACGCAGUACGCAAACGCUCCUGCUCCCACUGCUUACCAAGGGCAGUCUAGUUAUGGUGGGCAGGGACCCUACCCUGCAGCAUCAAACUUCCAGACAUCAUACGCCCCCGCUAGCGCUGAUUCGAAGAGCCGCUUCUACGGUCUAGGCUCCGUCAUUAUGCCCCUCGUCGGACUUGGUGCCCUCGCUUUUCUCCUGCCCUCGGUGACCAACCUCGGUGGCAAGAAAAAAACUAAACGUUCCGCUGAUCUCAUUGAGCCAUCCAAGGCCAAUGGCGUAGCUGAAUAUGCCGAACGUCUGGAGAAAUACUUUAAGAUCUAUCGCGCUGCUGUCGAAAGCGAUGAUUGUAUGAACCGUAUCGUGUGUGAGAUCGGCGACUCCGUAUCCACCGUUCGUGGAAAGGCCGCUCUUCUCGCUCUGUUCGAGAAAGUCGCUCCGCAGUGGAUGACGAACAAAAUGGGUGUAUUCAAAUUUGGCGCUCUCAACGAAAAGACGGCCAAAUGCGCUCGCUACAAAUGCUGAAGAGGAGAAAUUACCCGCUAAGUGCUCCAAAAGUGGACCAGUGCUUGUGGCACUCCAGGCAGCACUGUUAUCGAGCAAGCACUCUAAAAACACUAAACAAACUCAAGCAGGCGCACACGAGCUCAAUAGAACCACCGAUCGAUCAACCAUCAACUCAAUUAAUCAAUCAACUCAGUUACAAAUCCCACAUCCUGUAGUUAUUUAUUUCGGUUCAAACGUAAUGUGGGCUUCUUUAGACAUUAGCCGAUAACAAUAACCUGUUGUGAGCCUGGUUUUGCGAACUAUUCUGAUUUCUUUCGAAAAUUAAAAAUAAACAUUCGAUCGAGUCGGAAACGUCAAGCUACCCCAAGAUAUUCUAUCAGCAUUAUGUAGAGAGCCUACUUUUCGUUUGAAUCCAUGGUCAUCUUCAUCAAUUCAUAGAGAAACCUUCGCGUCCAGCCAACAGUGCUUAGUUCCGCGGUCCGGAGGUGCAGUCUAAAAAUGCAUCUAGAGUCGUUUUUCCCCUUGCUUAGGCCUCCACUAGUGAACUCAAUAAGACUCGAGUUGGCCUGAGGAGACAAAGCAUUUAUCUUCCUACGCCCCCAUACCUCGGAACGUAUGGUACUGUCGAGGAGCUCGCGACCUCUACUAUUCACAACAACAAUGAGUCAGAUCGACUGCCCAACGGCUGUUUUUUGGUCGAUCUAUUUUUCAUACUUCCUAGUUCUCUAUAUAUCAGUAGUAGCUGUUAUAUGUUUCAUUCACGCUUGCCUUCUGCCGCCCUUGCUGCCCCAUCGCCUUCAAGCAUUAAUGGCAACUCCUAUAACAAACAUAUUGAGAUUAAUAAUAAUACUUUAAGAAGAAGGAACGUAUGUCGAGCAGUACUGGCAGAACUAGUGGAUUUUGCCUUGGUCGUAACACGUAACAUAGAACACGUCCUAUUUUUUCUAUGGUCUUUGCUGUCGUCGUGGUGCGAUCAAUCGUAACCCAAUCAGCCAAUUAAAAAAACGUCAAAUCAUUUUCCCGUAAUUUAUUUAAUUUUCCUAUAUACACCACCAUUCAGCCUAAUCGUCCAGACUAGCAGCAGCACCUAGAUUUACUACUGAACAUUGAAUGAAGAAUUGAUAAGCGAAGUGUACGGCACGUACAUGACAGAUGAUUAUUUUUGCUCGUAUUAUGACUCGCAGCAGUCUGGAUAACCAGAAACUGACCUUUUUCUUAACUUGAUAAAGAUUCGCCACCAUGAGGUGCGCUCUUGCAUUGGUCCACCGUUACUAUAUUAAGAUAGUUUCAUGAUCCUUACGUUGUAGUAAUGACGUCUAGGUGUCUUCAGUGUAAUCGGUGGACCUUCGCAAGGUGGACCUUGAGCGUGCAUGAUCGAACAUCAAAAAAUAAAAGGAACAACAAUGCGAUUAUAGAAAACCACUAUACAUUGCGUAGAUUGUGAACAAAUCCCGUGCAACGAAACAUAGCGAGAAAGACGAAAAACAAGUGGAUACAUUUGUAAAGCUAGAAAACUAGUGACACACGUGCAAACAUGACGAGGAAGAGAUUGUCCACGCCAGAUGUGCUUAGCUAAGAGUCUCGUCUACGACUUCUCGGCGGUACCUAGUUUCGGCCCGCUUUCGAGCCUUAACGCAAACAAGGUCACAUUGAGUGAAUAUCGGCCAACAGCAUCUAGUAAGCCAAUGUCCGUUGGCUUUCAUCGAUCCGCGUUGGUGGGCUAGGGUCCCACAUCGGUUUCUUGCUUGUCAAGAGAAGUGAAAGCGAGCCGAAAAG